UAAAUGAAAAAGAUGUCCUCAUUACAUAAUCUCUGUGUAAUAAUAUAUAUUAUUUGUGUGUGUGUUUCAAAUAAUUUGUCAAAAGAAAAUCAAUGAUGAGGACUCAGUUUUUGAGCUGUACUGUGAGGAAGUAAAUGACCCUCCAUUAGCACCGUGCUCUACCUGCAAGACCUGUCACCACAUUGUUACAGGAGGUAAAAAUCUGAUUUAUGCUUUUCAUUGUUCAACACUAAAAUUUCACAAUAUCAAAUGAUGAGUAAAAAACAUUGCUAAUAUCAUCAAUAUUUCAAUUAUCAUUAUCAUUAUCACAGUUCCUUCUUGCUGCAUGAAGACAACAUCGUUUCAUAUCAGCAGUGAGUUGGUGCCUCAGCAUUUGGAUGCUCCUGCUGGUGAACUGGAGAGCUACAUCAUGACCAGCUGCAAGACACAGCUGGCGAGGUUAUUGGAAGAUCUGGGCUUGGGGCAGUACUACAGAAAAAAGAUACAACUGAGAAAAAUACUUGAGAUUGAUGAGAAGACUCUUAUUGAUGAACCUGGGAAUCAGAAAUCAGACCUUCCUUGGUAUUUUCUAAGGAAACUGGUGAUGGUUAAUGUGACAGCUAGGAAUGUGAAAUGUACCUCAGUUUGUAAUUCAUGCAAUGACAAUACAUCAGGGAAUGCAAAGUUAUCCUUUGAAAAUCUAUUUAACAGUACAAACACAGAUGACAAGGUGAACUCUCUUGACAUCAUCACUGCUCUCUUUCUGUGUUCUGAUGGUUUUCUGCAGCAGGAAAUCGCACUAAAAAUGUCCAUGUGUCAGUUCUCUGUUCCUCUGCUGCUUCCCAAUUGUGACACCAAUCAGUGCACACUCAUGCUGUGGGCCAUGAGAGACAUUGUUAAAAAGUACAGACCUCAGUCUCUGUCAGAGUCCAAGGGCUUCAUUGAAGACAGAAUCGUUCUCUCUGAACUUCCAAUGAUCUCUUUUGUCAGACUGGGUGAGUGCUCCUUGUCCAAGUCAGAGAUUCUCAAUAAGCUUCUGAGCAAUUCUCAGCAGUACCAUGACACCUUUGUUCACUACAACAUGGAGUGUGGUGACAGUCCAAGAAGAACAUCCAAUGGACUGACUGAAAUUACUUGGUAUCUUCCUGGUGGAAAAGCAAACAUUGAUAUUGUCAGUCAGCCAGUGGCUGUAGCUAACCUUCGUGGCGACAUUGCAAGCUUUCAAACACAAUACUCCUUUCUGUGUCAGACAUCUGCAGCAAUAUUUGUGUUCUUUGACCAUUUAGACUCUGAAUCUGAGCUCAGUCUACUUACCAACCAACAACACAAGGCACAGAUCUUCUUAGUGGGUAAUAAUGUGAGCAAGCACAACAGUACAGAUUCUUUGAAAAAACUAGUGCAGACAAUGGGCUUGACCAAAACCAACAUCAUUAUUAAGACAAAACAAAGAAAUGAUGCAGACUUUGUGAAAAGUUUGAGACAAACAGUCAGAGAUGUAGUUAGGAACUCAAAGAUGAAGAUGACAAUAGAGCAGAUGGCAGACAUUGCCCAUGAACUGGGGAUCCUGGUUGAUGAAGAAUCUCCAGAGUGUCAGACUGCAAAGACAAAUGCAGAAGCCAUCACUGCUGAAAUUCAACAUAUCCAUAGAUUCAAAGAAGAUCAGCUUCCACAGCAAGGUGAAAUAUGGAAAGAACUGACCUGGUUAGAGAAGGAAGAAUUUCGACUUCAACAUAUCGGGUCUGAAAAUAUACAAGAUUACAAAAGCGAACUUCAGAAAAGGAAAAAAGAACUACGAAAAAAACAAAACUCUUAUGAGAUGUCGACAGCUAUGACAUGUUUCAUUAAUGCAAUAUCAAGCCCAGGAACAAAGAGGUUUUAUUUCCUGAAAUGGAUGCGAAUGAACCUGGAUAACCUGUCUCGUAUAAAACUGUCUGAACUUCAGGAGAAAUAUAAAGAAAAAUGCAAGAACUCUGAGAACAAGAAGGAGAUAAAUGAGAUUGACAGACAAAUUUCCAACAGCUCACUGGGGACUGAACACUUCUUCCGUGAAAUGGGUCAGAUCUAUGAAGCCUCACUGUCCCUUCCACAAACAGAUCCAGCACGUCAACAGCUGCAGCAUCUGCCCAAACUGUUGCUUGAUGGAUUUCCUCUUGAGCUUGUAGAUGGAGAUGCAUCCAACAUCCCUCUCAGAUGGGUGAGUGAUGUUCUCUCUCAGCUCAGUGACUUGGUGUCUCCAAACAGAAAGAUCCUGGUAGUCACAGUUCUUGGAGUUCAGAGCACAGGAAAGUCCACUCUCCUUAACACCAUGUUUGGAGUGCAGUUUGCAGUCAGCAGUGGUCGAUGUACUCGAGGUGCCUUUAUGUUGCUCAUCAAAAUCAAUGAAGACAUGAAAAAAGUCCUAAACUGUGACUUCAUGCUGAUCAUUGACACUGAGGGCUUAAAGUCACCAGAACUUGCACAACUAGACAACAGCUUUGAGCACGACAAUGAGCUUGCUACACUUGUUGUGGGGCUGAGUGAUGUCACCAUUGUCAAUAUUACAAUGGAAAAUUCAACUGAAAUGAAGAACAUCCUACAAAUAGUUGUGCAUGCCUUUCUCAGGAUGAAGGAGGUGGGCAAAAAGCCUAAAUGUGUGUUUGUUCACCAGAAUGUGUCCGAUGUUUCAGCCCAUGAGAAGAACUUACGAAACAGGAAACUGCUCCUGGAACAGUUAAAUGAAACGACCCAGGCAGCAGCCAGAAUGGAAAAGAAAGAGGAGAACAAGAGCUUCACUGAUGUGAUGGAGUACAGUCCAGACACUGGGAACUGGUACAUUCCUGGACUCUGGAAUGGAAACCCACCAAUGGCACCAGUCAGUGUAGGGUACAGUGAGGCUGUAUAUGAGCUCAAGAAAAACAUCAUCCAACUGCUGGGAAACUGUGAGUCAUCUGCUAAUGAUAUCAUGGAGUUUAAAGAGUGGGUGACAAGUCUGUGGACUGCAGUAAAACAUGAAAACUUCAUCUUCAGCUUCAGAAACAGCCUUGUAGCUGAUGCAUACACAAGCCUCUGUGCAGAAUUGGACAAAUGGGAGUGGGAAUUCAAAAAAGAAAUGUACACCUGGGUAACAAACGCAGAAACAAGAAUUUCCAAUUUUGGUACAAUUGCUGUAAAAUCUGAAUCUUCUGACAUCAAUGAAUUUCUCAAAUGUUUGAAAAGUGAAGCCUCAACACUGCUGUCCACAUGGGAGAAAAAGUUUCUAGAAAAUCUGACACUGUCAUGA